AGUAACUCAACUGAGGCUUUUCCUUUUCUGUAUUUCAACUUUCUUUGCAACUGCAGCUUCAACUCUCGCUGCUUCUAAUACUAUUAUUGAUAUUAUCUGUUAUAAUAGUUAUUGUUAUUUUGCUUCGUUUCGUUUUCCUUUGGUGUUAUUUAAAUACAGCUAACGCAACGUGGUGGAAACCGCCCAGCGCCAAAACUCCUGCCGCCUGCUCUCUUCCCCCGCAUCGGCCGUAGCACACUUCUCUAUCCUCCUCUUUUUUUUUGGCGCUCACCAGGUUUCUUUUCGUUGACUGUUGCCAACAGUCGAUAUCACACAGGCGCCAUACAUAAACGCAUAACCAUCUGUGUGUAAUAGACGUGCAAAACUCUUGCUUCACACUCUACCUUGAAUUUAGGGCUGACCGCAUCCCAGUUUGACAAAACUAUAUAAGUAUUAUUAUUUCUAGCCGUACAACGUGUACCGCUGAACACGCAAGCAAACAAACAUCCCGGAGGGAGCACCGCGUAAAGAUCGGCGCGGUGAACAUCGGUGAAGGCGGGACGCAGCUUCUUCCUCCUUGCAUCGAACUGGGUUUUAUUCAUUUCCGCAUUGGACGGGCAACUUUCGUAUCUCCACUAUUUUCUCGAAUUAUCAUUCGAUAGAGAAGGAGAAAGAGAAAGAGCGAUGCCGUCCAACCGCGAAGAUCCUGCUCCGCAUGAGGGCACCGCGAUCACCACCCCGCAAAGGACCGACGUACCGCUGCUCCGCCACCGCCGCCGCAACGACGUCGCGCCGGAGGAGGUGGACGAGAACAGCUACGUGGACCCGGAGGCGGCGGCGAUGUACUCCGCGGCGCCGUGGAUGCAGCACAUACCCCUUGCGUCGGAGGCCAUGACGGGCUACGGUCCGCGACCGGUCUUCUCACUGGGCGUGUGCUACUUCUUCAACAAGGGUCUGGCCAACCAGCUGAUGAACUCCGCUACCUAUGCGAUGCUUAUCAACCGCUUCAAGAUGCCACCGGAGCGCUACAACCGUCUGGGCUCCAUGGGAACUCUUGGUUGGUCGCUCAACGCCUUCACAGCCAUGAUGUGCGACACCUUUGCGCUGAUGGGCUACACAAAGCGGUGGUAUAUGUUCAUCUCCUCCCUGCUUUCGGGUGUGCUGACGAUCAUCUACGCCGUUCUUCCAGCACGUCCUUCUUCCGCCGACACCGCAGCUGCCUUCAUCUUCCUCGCCUCCUUCGGUCGUGCGAACGUGGAUAUCCUGUCGGAGGGUUACUACACCCGUAAGAUGCGUCAGCACCCAAAGCCUGGACCGGCGCUCGUCAGCUACAUCUGGUGUGCAUCGAUGGCGGGCACCAUCAUCUCCUCCGCCAUCAACGGCCCCGUCUCAGACAAGGGAGUCCCACAGGUGAACAUCUACAUCGCCGGUGCGGUGCAGACCGUCAUCAGCGUCAUUUUUGCGGUGAACUGGUACCAGGAGGGCCGCAACACGGAGGAGCGUGAGGAGGAUGCUUACGUCCUCUUCAAGGAGGAGCUCCUUCUCCGCGAGGGGUGCGUUGCGGACGACGACAGCGGCGCCAAUGAACAGGAGAUGGUCGGUGGUGCCGACGGCAGCGCGCACAUACUGCUGGGCGACUGUUCUCAUGAAAGCCGUGAAGGAAAGCUGACGACGUGCCCAGAGCACGUGGAGGGCGAGGAGGGCGAUGUGAACCAUAUCAGUGACGAAGAUGAGCGUCGCGCUACGCAGGGGUUCGUGUAUGAGAACCCGCCUCGCCGUUUCUGCUGUGGCUUCAUUGAGCUCAACUCGCAGGUCAUCGGUGAGAACUGGCGUAUCUUCGUGUACAGCUGUGUCAUGACGGCGGCCGUGCUUGCCGAGACGGUCGGCACCAUCUUUGCAGACACGCUGGGGCUUCUGCUGAUUCUCGUGAUUGUGUCGACAGUGUGCUGCGCUACUUCCUUCUGGGCUCUGCAGCGCACCAUUGCCAUGGCGAACGUGUUUGGCUACCUUGCGGUGAUGGUGGAUAUCACGGUGUGGGGGCCGAUGUACAACUUCUACGUUGCGACGGAGAAGUGCCUACCCGACGGCCCGCACUUCUCCUACACCUUCUACACCACCAUCGGUCCCAUCGUCGGCAACAUCGCCGGUAUUGUGGGAGUGAACGCCUUCAACUACAUCUUCCGCACGCAGCGCUACCGCCUUGUGUUUGUGCUCACCACGUUCGUGAACAUCUUCGGCAACAUCUUCGACAUCAUCAUUGUGAAGCGCUGGAACACGCACAUCGGAAUCCCCGACCACGCCAUGUACCUCUUUGGCAACGCCGUUGUGUACGACGUGUGCUACAUGAUUGCGUGGAUGCCGAUGAUCGUGUUGAUCUCGCGCCUGUGCCCGCGCGGCUCGGAGAGUAUGGUGUUCGCCAUCAUGUCUGGCUUUCGCACGAUCGGGCAGACGACCGCAGCGCAAAUUGGCACCGUGAUUUUGGAGUUCGGCUGGAACGUUCCGGCCUGCGACUUUACAAACCUGCCGAUGGUUUUGCUGGUGUGCCGCGUGCUGAGUCCGCUGCUGGUGAUCCCGCUUGUGUUCCUCGUGCCGAACGCGCGCAUCUGCGACGAUCUGGACAUCGAUGGCCACAUCUUGCAAGCAAAGAUUGAUGACGCCGACCUCCUCGCGAGGGAGGCCGUGUCCAGCACGACUGACACGGAAGAAAAAGAUUUGGCCAAGAAGGGCAAGUAG